AUGAAGAGGAUGCGAGAGCCCUAUGAGAAUUCCAAGAAGGCAAAGAAGGCAAAGUUGGGAGAAACCUCUGGGUCAAAACCUCCAGUUCCUCUGGCUAAUUCUCCAAGUAAGUCUAUGCCUCCUUCUCGCUCUAUUAAAUUAAAGCAUGUUGCUUCUUCUCUCCCUCAAAACACUCCCAUUUACACCCCAUUAGAAACACCUCCCUCAACACCCAAAACUUCUAACCCACCAUCCCACAAAUUCAAUCUCGCAACCACUACCCUACCCGUUUCUGAAGCAGAAAUGCUGAACAAAACCACCUCACCAUCAUCUUCCUCACCUUCAUCCCCACCAUACUAUAUUCUCUCAUUAGACAAUGAAACAUUUGUCCCCCAAUCUCCCAUUCUAGCUCAACUUCAAGCACGUGCUCUGGCCUCACAACAACCAUCAAAACUUGAACCUGAACCUGAAGUCACCUCUCCACCCCCUGAACAAAAAAAUCCACCUCCAUCUGAUCAACCUCAAACACCGACCCCUGAACAACAAACUAAUCCCCCUCCUGAACAACCAGUACCCUCACCAUCUGAACAUCAACCAAAUCCACAACCUGAACAAACAACACCGCCGCCCUCUAAUAUUCCUCGCCACUAA